UCCUUCGUGACGUCAUUGGCGGGCGGAACAGGAAGUAGAGAAGAGAGGGGCGGGGCCGGGCCAAGCUUCGCUUAGGGGUUGCUGCGCACGGAGUUGCUUCGUUACCUACUGGACCUGAGUGAUACGGACCGAGUGAACGCCCGGAGUGUUGUCAUUAGUGUCACUGCCGCCGCCGCCGCCGCCAUUAUCAUGCCGCUCUUCGCCGCCAACCCUUUUGAGCAGGAUGUGGAGAAGGCCACAAAUGAAUACAACACUGCUGAAGACUGGGGAGUUAUUAUGGAUAUAUGUGAUAAAGUUGGAAGCACUCCUAAUGGAGCAAAAGACUGUCUUAAAGCCAUUUUGAAGAGAGUCAGUCACAAGGUACCACAUGUUGCUUUGCAGGCACUAACUCUCUUAGGAGCCUGUGUUUCAAACUGCGGAAAGAUUUUCCACUUAGAAAUCUGCUCUCGUGACUUUGCCAGUGAAGUACGUGUUAUAAUAAACAAGGCUCAUCCUAAAGUAUGUGAAAAAUUAAAAGCUUUAAUGGUAGAAUGGUCAGAAGAAUUUCAGAAAGACCCACAGUUUAGUCUAAUAUCAGCAACUAUUAAAUCUCUUAAGGAAGAAGGGGUUACAUUUCCUACAGCCAGGUCACAGAGUCCCUCAACUGUUGUCAAGAAUGGUGCAUCAUCAAGCAAAAACAAAGAGGAUGAAGAUAUAGCUAAAGCUAUUGAAUUAUCUUUGCAAGAGCAAAAACAGCAAACAGAAACAAAACCUUUAUACCCAUCUGUAGAAGUUCAUCCAAACCAUCAGAAAAUUUCAAGAAAGGUGCAAGCCUUAUAUGACUUCGAAGCUGUUGAGGACAAUGAACUCACCUUUAAGAGUGGAGAUAUUAUUGUAGUUUUGGAUGACAGUGAUGCCAAUUGGUGGAAAGGAGAAAAUCACAGAGGAGUAGGAUUGUUUCCAUCUAACUUUGUGACCUCUAACUUAAAUGAUGAGCCUGAGUCAGCACCAACUGUGGAUAAAAAUUCUUCUGCCGAAGACACAACAGAGGAAAUUACAAAAGCUGAGCCUGAGCCAGUUUACAUAGAUGAGAGUAAGAUGGAUAAGGCAUUGCAGUUACUUCAGAGCAUAGACCCCACGGAUCCUAAACCUGAUUCUCCUGAUCUUCUGGAUUUAGAAGAAAUCUGCCAACAGAUGGGUCCCAUGAUAGAUGAAAAACUAGAAGAAAUUGAUAGGAAGCACUCAGAAUUGUCUGAACUAAAUAUUAAAGCAUUAGAAGCUUUGGAACUCUACAACAAACUAAUGAACGAAACUCCUAUGUAUUCUACAUACUCAAAGAUGCAUUCAUCAGCACACUAUCCACCUACAUCUGCUGGCAUUCCAGUGCAGUCAUAUCCCAUACACCCUCACAGUGGGAACUAUGUGGUUCAUGGUGUUCCUCAAGGCUACAAUCCAGGAAAUGAUCAGAUUGGUCCUCUGAGGUCCUUACCUCCAACUAUAAAUUCUUCAGUAACAUCUCAGCCUGCUCAGACAGCCUAUUUAAGCACGGGUCUAGAGUCUGUGUCUAAUUCUGCUUACAUGAACCAGAAUUCUUGCCUUCCACCAGCUCAUACAGUUCCUUAUGCCCAACAAAUGGGCAUGCCUAUGGAUAUGCUAGCAUACCAGAACAAUACAUCCAGUUUGCCUCAAGGAACAUGCUAUCCAGCAGUUCCAGCUCAUUCACUUCCACAGCAGCGAACAAAUUACCAUCAACAGCCUCUCCUGUGAAAAUGCAGAGUUUGUUCCUGAAAACAGUUUUGGAUGUUGCUGACCCUUGUCAUUUAAAUUGUUCCUCGAUUGAUUUAAAAGGAUACUUCUACUCAAGGGAAAAGACAGCCAAGCAAAUUCAGAGUAAAAGUUAAUUCAAGUUGAACUGUGUUUUUUUCUGCAUAGCUGUUUAAGUAAGUUGAGCUGCUAAUGUGUUAAAAGGCCUUCAAACCCUGGCUCGUGUAGUGUUCUAUACAUUCCCAUCCCUAUUUACAAUGAAGCCUCUCUGAAGUAACUUUUCCUUGUAAGUUCCUAAGAGGAAGCUUGAAAGCAAGCUUUAUAUACAGCUCUUCCUGUUUCUUCUUUCCAAACUUUAUUAAUAACAUUGUUUUUAUGGAACCUUUAAAUUUGAAGUGGUAUCUUGAAACCCAAUUAGCUUAGCUAAUUUGCUCUUCAGUUUGCACCCCUGCUAGAUCAUCUUAACAGAAUGCAUUUUAUGAUUGUGAACUUGGGAGAAGAAAACUUUGAAUGACAGAAGAAGUUAAUGGACUUUAUGGUUUCUGCCAGACUGGAUUUCUUGUUUGCAUUUCUCAGAAAACUAGUACUGUUUAUUGCUGUGUGGUAGUUCUUUUUCCCUGUGUAAGAAGAGAAGAGUCUAAGGAUUGCAUUUUUAGUAUCUAAAUUUCCAAGUACCCUGAUAGAAGUAGACCUUUUGCUCUGUCUUCUCUCUGCUCUUAUUCACUGGUUUUGCUGAAUACUUAUUUACAUGGAAGAAAUCUUUCACAUUGGAAAGACAUGUUUAUGCCAUGAUUUAUUCACAGCAGAGAUGUAUAAGCAGAUGUCAUCUUUUUUGACCAUAACUAGCAAAUGCACAUUUUAAAGAGUGGGGAUCUAAAAUAAAAUAUCACUGCAGUGUUCAGAGAUCAAAAAGAUGUCCUGCUGUGAUAGAACAGCAGAAGGAAAGAUUCUAUAUUUUCAGGGUGGCCAUUUACUUAUCCAGCUAUUUAACAGAAUAAUCUUUAAUGUAUACGUUUAUAGGUUACUUCUGGCUGAACUAUACACUCUAAUGGGGUGGGGUGUGGAAUGAACAAAUUAUUUAGCUGAGCAAAGAUGAUGGAACACAUGAAAAUAUAAAGACAUUUAUGCAUUGAUCUCUGAGUUCUUCUGCAAUAUGUGUUGUCUAUUGUACAAAUACCUGUUACUCCAUAGUAAGGUCUGUGUUUGUCCAAAUCAAACCUGCCUGUUAAAGUGGCCCAUUCUCUUCCUAUACUGGUGCUAAUUAGACUGUUUGAAAGCAUGGUAGUGAUCAGCUGCAGUUUAAUUUUGGACCAAUUUUGGACUUUUGCAUGUGGGGAAUUCUUCUGAAAAACAUGUUGGUUGGCCAUUUAGCCAUACCAAUCUACAUAGAAGGAAUCUUAAGCUUUUUUGUUCUUGGGGAUUAAUUUCCUUUUUGUCUAGUAAUGGUAUAGAAUGGCAAAUGGGACAUAAAUGAGAAAUUUCUCUUUUCAAAUUUGAAUUAAUGUCAAGAUAUGUUCUUCUAGAAUCCAUAUUUAGAGCAAGGUCAGGUUUUUUUCCCAUCUCUGUCUCAGCUCUAACAUUUUAUAAACAAAAUGAAGGCUUUUGAAGAGCUCCUUCAUGUUUGUUAAUGCAUUGUGUAUCAGUAAAAACUGAUUAUGCAGUCUUUGAUACUACUUUAAGUGGUGCCCAAUAUUUGACUGUGAUGUUAACCUGAAACAACCUUUCAUUGUAUUUUGUUCUUUAUAUAUAAUAUAUAAAUAGUAUGUGUAUAUAUAUCCAUUUGUCUGAGAUUUUAUACACAAUAUAUACUCAUUCUCUUUAAGAAGAACAUCACUGAAAUUUUAUAUGUAGCUGCAUUUGGCAUUAUUGCUAGUUGCUGUAAUCUUAUAAUGCAUUUAUGCAGGUUGUAAAUAUGUAUAAAUUCUGAUGUUGAAAUUGUGUAUUUAGUGUUCUGGCAACAAUGGGAUCAUCAGUCCCUCUUCUCUUUUCUAGACUAUAAUAUUAUUUAUUGUUAAGGUGUGAUCAUCAUUACGCCGCGAAAGGAACUGACUACAGAUUUCCAUAGGGCCCGACUCCAUUGACAUCAGUGAGUGUUUAGCCAUUGAUUUGAAUGGACUUGAGAAUGUACUGCAGGCAUAUACCUAUUUUUAUAUUAAAAGCAAAUGCUUCACUUUUCAUGUCAACUAUUUAAAUAGAAAUUCCUGACAGCUUGUAGUAAGGGUUGUAUUGUGAAUUGCUUCAUGGGUGUUAAAGUAAGGUACAACUUCUCCUUGUGUGGUGGUCAUUUUGCUAUCCUAAACAGUAUACAAAUAUUUUUCCCCAAGUGCAUUUGUCCGAUCUAUACCAUCAUCUAAUUUACACCUUUUUUUAAAAAAAGGUUAACACUUAACCUUGAGUUCACAAAGAUCUCUUGCUAGAAAUUCCAGUAUUUCUCCACCAUCUCCCCCAAAAAGAUUUAAAUGGCUAAUCUUUUCAACAUGCCUUUUUACUACUUAAACAUUGGCUUGGUUUUCAUUUGUACACUUUCCAUGUCCUGUAAACCUCUGGCAUAAUCUGGUGAAAGAUUGCCAGUUAAGGGGUCGCUGUGUCAUGUUCUAACUGCUGUUUUUUACCUGAAUCCAUUUCCCUUGUUAUCUGUGCAUUAUUUCUCAAGAGAAGUGUGUCACAAUGUUAAGUAUAACCAGGUUUUGUUGCAAUAAACUUAGUUUGUACAAGG